AUAGCUAGGCGAGCUAAGCUGAAGUCGGCGAGAGUACGUCUAUCAUCCGCUUUGGUGUUGUCUGAAGUUAUGGUGUAAAUUUGCAAUCAGUUUCUUGAUAACUAAUUGUGACAAAAAAUGGUCCGAAACGUCGUAUUGGCUGCGAUUCAGUUCGCUUGUUCGGAGGACAAGCAAGCGAAUGCUGACAAAGCGGAAUACCUCGUGCGCCAGGCCGCGGCAGCUGGCGCACAAAUCAUUCUGCUGCAGGAGCUUUUCGAGCGGCAGUACUGGUGCCAAGUCCAGCAGAAGGAGUAUUUCUCAUGGGCGGCUCCCUUCGAGGGCAACCCCCUGGUCUCCCGCUUCGCCAAGCUGGCUUCCGAGCUGCGUGUGGUGCUGCCUGUACCUUUUUUCGAGCGCGCCAACAACGCCUAUUUCAACAGCGUGGCCGUGGUGGAUGCUGACGGCUCCGUACUGGGGCUGUACCGCAAAUCCCACAUCCCCGACGGACCGGGGUACCAGGAGAAGUUCUACUUCAACCCGGGGGACACGGGUUUCCGUGUGUUUGACACGAAGUACGGCAAGGUCGGCAUCGCCAUCUGUUGGGAUCAGUGGUUUCCUGAGGCGGCGCGGGCUCUGGUGCUGCAGGGCGCCGAGGUGAUCUUGUACCCUACCGCCAUCGGUUCGGAGCCUCAAGACGCCGACAUCAACUCAUACCCCCACUGGAUUCGUGCGCAACUGGGCCAUGCUGCCGCCAAUUUGGUUCCUGUGGUGGCUUCCAACCGCAUUGGCACGGAGGAGUUACCUGGUGGCAGUCCGACCAGCUACUACGGGGGCAGCUUCAUAGCGGGACCGCAGGGCCAGGUGCUGGCGCAGGUGGGUGCCGCUGAGUUGCACCACGGCAACCCCGACCCCCACCCCCAGCCGGUAGAAGGCUUUGUGACCGCCUCCAUGGACCUGGACCUGGUGGCGCUGGAGCGGGCCGCGUGGGGGGUGUUCCGGGACAGGCGGCCCGAGCUGUACGGUACUCUGGCCACGCUGUCCGGUCACAAGCCUUGAUGGCGAUGAUGAUAUUGACUACGUUGAUGUUUAUUACGAUGUCAAUCAUGGUGGUGUGAUGAUGUUGUAAGGCGGUUGUAAGUAAGGCGGUUGGAGUUGGGUAGUUGUUGAUGCAUGGGAUGGCGAAGAUAAUAAUACAGCGAAUGAUGUUCCGAGCUACAGCUACAGCUGCGAACUUGGGGUUGGUUGAGGGAAAAAGUGUUUGGCGUCUCGCAGCCUGGAGUGAGUGGCUGGUAUGAUACGGCAUAUUUUUAAUUGAGGGCGCUGUAGUAGCAAUAGCUUGCCACACGGGAAGCACGUGGGAAACCUUGGUGCAGUUUUUAAGGGAAAAGGGAAG